AUGGACGAAAUCGAGGAGCUUAAAGCCAUUUUAAGAGAGCGCAAGGCUCUGGAGAAAGAGCUAGACGAAGCGGAAGAGGAUGCAAGACGAGCCACCGCCGCUUCUGCCGCCGCUGCUGCUGCAGGAGGAGGGGGAGGAGCGGGCGGAGCGGGAGGAUCGGCGGAGGUUGCGGACGACGGGUUGACCGCGGAGCAACGCGCGGAGCGGAAGGCGGAGAAGCUGCGGGAGCUGCUGGCGAAGCGGGCGCAGGAGCAGGCGGAGAAGCGGCGCGAGGCGGCGGAGCUGUUCGCGUUCGGGCAGCAGGCGUACGGGCGCGGAGUGUACGACAAGAGCGUGGCGAUCCUGGAGCAGGCUCUGGGAAACGUGGAGUUCACGUCGAAACUAGCCGGAGAGAUCCAACUAUGGCUGGCGAUGGCCCACGAUGCUAAUGGGCAGCGGCCAGAGUGCCUGGCGCUCUCCCGCAAGCUGGAGAGCACCCACCCCAUGCCCGCCAUCCGCAUGCCUCUCCCCCUGCCCCAAUCCAACUCUGAUGCCAACGGGCAACGCCUAGAGUGCCUGGCGCUCUACCGCAAGCUGGAGAGCAACCACCCCAUGCCCGCCAUCCGCGCGCAGGCUGCCAACAUGCGCUACAAAGCAGAGGCGCCCAAGCUGAAGCUGUCCCCCGAUGAGAUCCUCAAAGUGCCGAUUCUCGACAAGGACAACAACAGCUCUGGGCGCACGUGGAGUCAGAUGGUGACGGAGAGGCGGCCCAAGCGCAUCAAGAAGCUGAAAAACUCUGGGUCGAGGGACUACAUGGAUGACCUCAUGUCGUUUAAGCCGCCCAGGUGGGAGAAGAGCCCUUAUUUCUGGGUGGCCUUCUCGGUUGCGUCUGCACCAGUCACCAAGUGGAAGAAUGUCACUGGCAGAAGAUUGCAGAACUGGGGCGGUGUGUUGCAUGAUAAGGGGCUCAUAGCUCAACCGUUGCCACAAUGGCUACAGAGCUUCACAUCUCGCCUCUCCGCUGACCUCAGGAGCGUCUUCCCCUCCCCUGUCAACCACGUGCUCGUGAACGAGUACCAGGAAGGGCAAGGAAUAAUGCCACACCAGGACGGCCCGGCCUACUUCCCCUGUGUCGCCAUCCUCUCUCUUGGCCUGCCUGGAACCAUGGCGUUUUCUCCCCACCAGAGGCUACUGGAGUGCCGGGAAGAACGAGAGGGUGGAGCUGAGGGGGCAGGAGAUGGGAAGGAUGAAAUGGGGCAAGAAGAGGCAGGCAAGCGGGAUUUGUCCGGGGAUGCAUUGGUGAUGAGGGAGAGCGUGGCUCUGCCUCCUCGCAGCCUGCUCGUGUUCAAGGAUCAAGCAUACACAGGUGAGCUGGGUGUGGGGAGAGGCAGGCGAGUGGGGUUCGUCUGGGGAUGCAGUGGUGAUGAGGGAGAGUGUGGCUCUGCCUCCUCGCAGCCUGCUGGUGUUCAAGGAUCAAGCAUACACAGGUGA